ACUACUAACAGGGUUCUCGAGCUUCCUAUUGCGUAGUAUUCUGUGCGAAAAUGUCAUUGAAUUUUUUACUUCUAUUUAUUCGUUAUAAUGCUUCACGAGCUAAUAAACCAGAUCCCGCAAAUUUUAGUUUUUCGUUAUAAAAUGCUGGAAGCUAAUGAUGAUAACAAAAUUAAUAAUGUAAUGAUUGAUACAUAUCAGUACUCAAACACGUACAAAAUGUAUGCCUCUGAUGUAUUGAAGGUUAUAAUUUAACUAUCUUCAACUAUGAGGGGAUAUAAGGUAACUGAUGCUAGUCGCAGCAAAAGAGUUGGUGUAGCCUGCCAAAGUCUUCAAGAGCUGAUUGAGAAGGGCUGUAGAAAGCUGAGCAUUGAUCAUGCACUGCAAAAGAAAAUAGUUGUGCAGUUAGAAGAUGGUACUGUGGUUGAUGAUGAAGAGUAUUUUACUACAUUGCCUCAGAACACACUUUUGUUGUUCUCUUUGCCAGGACAAGAUGUUCUUACUGUUGGUGGAAUUAUUUAUGAUGCCUUACAAAAAAUCAACCAUGAUUUCCUGAAAGCUGCGGAAAUGUCGUCAGAAUUUUUCACUGAAGAUAUGAAAAACAAAUUUAAAGCCCUUGGUGAAGUGCUUCUAAAACAAAAGAAUACAGGAAAGAGAUACAGAAGUAAUGUAGAGGAUGAUUCUCAAUGGUUUGAAGAACAAUACAAGUCAAACCGUAGGUUCAGAGAAAAGAUAGAUAGUGUUAUUGAAUCAUUUCGCAAGAAAUUGCUUGGAGUGCAAUACUUCGGUACAUAUUUUGAUCGGAAAGCACAGAAGCCUCAACCUAAACUCUGCAAUGAAGACGGAGAAUUCAACUGCCAAGGAAUAUGGCAUAAAUCAACUUGCUCUUAUGUGAAUCACUACAUAAAUCCAUAUGACAGUCGUGAGGCACGAAUUAUCUUUUCCACUUGGAACUUGGAUCACAGAAUUGAGCGCAGUCGCACAAUAUUGCCAGCGCUGCUUGUUGCUGCUGAAGAUGCUCUGAGACGGGACAGCCAAAUUAAUGAAGACUACUUCUUCAGUCUCCUGUUCACUACAGUCAAUCUCAAAUUAGUUCAUAUUGUCUGUCAUGACAAAGGAUCACAUGAUUUGUCUUGUGAUUCUUCCCAGUUCACCAAGUGAACAUGCCAAUUUAUUGUAGUAGAGAAAGGGAACAAGACUUCUCUUUAUAUGUUGUACUUAAGCCUUCAACUUUUCACACUGCUUUUGCUGUGUGGCCAAUUAUAAAAAGUAUUCUAUAUUUUAUGAGAAGGUAAAUGUAUGUGAAUGUUAGUAACUAGGUUUGUGUCAGAUUGAAAGUUUAUAUUUGUGUUGUUGAAUGCUUAGUGUUGUAAUUUAGUAUACAACUUGACUGGAUCAAAGUAUUAUUUUUCCAUAUAAAAUUUUUGCAAGUUGAUACUGCCUUUAAUUUUUGCACCUUGCCAGAUUUAAAAAUAAAUAUGACGAUAUUUCUCUAAUAGAAAUUAUAACUGUUUUAAAAUCUAUUGACUUGUUAUGCAGGGUGCUAUAGAAAUAUGAAAUUAUCUUUAAAAAAUAUAUUAUGUGUAUAUGCUAAUAGUGUUACAUAUUAAUAGUGUUUGAUAAAUGUGUUGAAAUGAUGCCGAUCCCAUGGACAGUAAUUUUGAAACUAGGUUUUGUUUAAAAAAAUAAAUGAUCACUUUCAUUGAAGUGGACAUUUUGUAUGGUUUGUUAUAAUUUUUCUCUUGUAAUAACAUUGCUGGUUACCAAUAGCAACUGGAAUAACCUCAUCUGGGUUGCUGGAAAAAACAGCCAAAGAAGAAUGUUUUGAUGAGCAUUGUUGUUUUUGCAGUAUUGUUGCGGAUGACACUUUCAUCUGCUGUUAUUCUUCAUUUUUCAAAUAAAAUUACUGAAAAUUUUAUUUGUCCUUAUUGCUAAGAGUAAUUAUUUCCUACCAUUGCGCUUGUAAUUGGAAGCAGAAGUCAACUAGUUCAGUGUCGUUUAUGCUGAUAAUAGUGUGUGUUUUCUUAUGUUAUUCAAGAAAAUUAUUGGAUAAAUGACUAUAAUAAUUUGUUUCAUCCAUGUAAUCAUAGGUACCAAAUUUGUAGAAUGCAUAUCAAGACUAUGUUUAAAGCCUGGUUUAUCUGAAUCUUGAUUUAACAUAUUGGGUUGUAUACACCCUCAGAGUAAUGAUCUUGACAGAAAAUUCAUUGUGUUAUUGAUAAUAGGAGGUCCUAUCUUUGUCCAGGCCUGUUUUUGAAAAUUGUCCACCAAUUUCAUUGUUAAGGUUGUGAACAUGGUACUAUAGAGUUCAUUAUUGCUCUUAGAGUUAAUAAGUAAGUGGUGUAGAGUCAGACAAAUAUUCUCAAAUAAAAGAAGUAGUUCAGUGUCAAGUAUGUUAUCUAAAACUGGAAGAAAUAGGAGAGACUCAGAGAUGUGUAGAUCUCUGUGCUUGUGUGUGUAAGUGUUAGAAUAUGAAGCAACAACUUUAAUCAUAUGCUAUUUUCUCUCCUACUAGUUGUUUUCUUCACUAGUUCUUGUCCAAUCAUAUGAAGUUUUCAAUCAGUUUCCUAUGAGAUAACAUACUGACAUUACUUGAAUUAUUUUGAAAAUUAGAUUUUAACUUUUACUUUCUUCUUGAUUCUGUGUUUUUCCCAUUUUUAGAUAAAAUAAAAUUUGUUUAAAACUUUUGUUACUUUUGUGCAAAUGCAAAUUAUAUGUAAACAGAAUAUGUACGUUCAGUGCAGGAAGAAACAUCAAAUGACAUUUUCAAGAGAAAUAUGUGCACAUAAAAUUAGAGUAAACAUUGUUCAAUGUUGAGAUAUUGCUAUUAUAUAUAAAUGAAUAAGUAAAUGACUGUAGCUGGUGAAGCACCCUUAAACUUCAAUCAGUUAUAGAAGUAUAAUUUUUUUUUACUUAACUAGUACAGAAAAUGAGACUAUGGCAUUCAAAUGAAAUAAUGACGGAAAAGUGAUGACACGAGCCUUGUUUGACCCUUUGAAGUGAGUUCUCCAAAGACACUUUCAUACAAGGUGUGUACGUUAUUUUUUAGUAUGAAUUUAUGGAACUUACAAUUACUUUUAGGAUCAUUUGCAAUAUGUGAGGUGGCAUGUUAAUUCAUGUUGCUUCAAUAUUUUGUUUACUUUGCACUACUCGGUUCUUUUGUAUGGCCAUAACUUCUUUGAUGUACUCGUAUGACAAGUCUAUUUUACCAUAUGCGAACCACAAACAAACACUUUCCAAUCAGUAAACUAUGAAGAUGGUAACAACUAGUCUUCAUGCAAGAUUGCUGAAAAGUAAAUAUAUGUUCAUAUUUAUAUUCUGAUAUAAUAUAGACUUACAUUUGUGAGGGACUUUUUCUAUGAGUAUUCCUUUCUACAAUUUUUGAAAGCGUAGACUGCUGAAUUUCGCAGUAUUUUAUUUGCUGCUUUACAAAAACUUGCAGCUUUAAAGUUCCUUCCAAUUAGUCCUCUUAGGUACUAUCAGUCAAGUUUAUAGCAAAGAAUAGUUUGUGUUUCAUUUCUCAUCUCUCCUUACUCAGAUCCCAUGGUAUUGUUCGCAAAAACUUACUGUAGUAUAUUCAAAUACGCAUACUCUCUCUUUUAUCAUUUGUUUAUCUUAAAUUGUAUAAAUUUGAUCUCAGUUUUGAGCAAUAAAUAGCAUUGAUGUGACUAGCUUUAUGAUCGUCCAUAUUAUAUAUACUAUGUGGAACAACAUGAGAAUUUCAUGCAAAAAAGUAUUAUUUUUAAAGAUCUAAAUGAUAAAACUAAGUAUCUAAUGACAUUUUUACCUUAAGGUAUGUAAACUAUUUUUACUAUUGUGUAUUUAUCAGAUGGUAUAUCCGAGAGUGUUACUAGGGGUGAUCCUCCAUGUAGGAAUUGUAACAAAUAAUAAACAAACCAAUAAUACCAUGAAUUCUAGUUUUUUAAAUGCUUGCGAACAACUAUAACUGUUCAAGUAGAGAUGGUCAUUAUAAGGGUAAUUCAAUGAACGUACCACCAGGUGCUGCUUAAAUCAUUGUAGAGACAUCAUUUAUAAUCCCUUUUAUUGAUCAUUCUAAACAUCUGGAUACAACCAUGCUCAAAUUUUCUGAAGUUUGGUUUAUUAUAUAUGUUGCACAGGAUAUAUUCAUUUUAAGAACUAUUUGGAGGUAAAGGGUAAAUUAACAAAUGACCUAGAUCUCAUAAAAUAUCUUACCUAAUAUUACCAAAGAAUUGACCAAAAUGUGGCGUAAAAGAAUAAAUUGUGUUUGUGUGUGUUUUGAAAUUUCUGGGAAUUUAACGAUUGCUUGGAAAGAGUUUUAGUCUGAAUUUUCCACCAGAGAACAAACUUGCAACUUGAAACAUGUUUUAAUUGACUUAAAAUGGAUGAAAUACAAGGGAAGAAUUAAGAAGUAGGAAGAAUUCUUGAGUGCACGUUGAUUUGUUAUAUUUUUUAUUUUCAUAUGAACAAUUAGGCCUUUACAUGGCAUCGUAGAAAAAUUUAUCUUCUAUAAUUAGGCCUUUAACUUCUCAGUGUACCUGAAAACAGUAGAUUCUGGUUGUAGUUAACUUCUGGGGACUAACAUUUUAGGUUCAGUAUAUCAAUGUUCACUAUAUCCGAUGAUGUCAAAAUUAAGAAUUUCUCCAUAACAAUUGAUUUUAAUGUGGAGAUGCAGAAAAACACAUUUACAGCACAAACUGAAAAUUACAAUGUCUUCAUUUGUUCUUUAGAAAAUUAAUUAUUUUUAAUUGUUUCCUUUGUAGAUUUUUCGUUAGUAAUUCCUCUAAAUCCUUCUCUAGAGUUCAUGCUCUCUCCAUACUUCGUUCUGCAUUGCCCUCUGUAUCGAAGUAUCACAAUGCAGUCUUCACACUGUUUAAUAUCUCUUGCACUGUUAGAACACAGUCCCAUUCUCCAAAGACCCUUGUUCUCACCUAAUAACAUACAAGAUGCUUUCGGUGGCAGAAUGGCGCAAGCAGCUAAUGAAAUUGAUUGCUUUUCUGCAUGGCAUGAUGGAUAUUGUCAGACUGUGGUAGUCACAUUCUUCCUGUUGCCUACAUAGAACUUAAGACGCAUUGACCCACAAAAUGUCAAAUAACACCAAACUUGAUACUGAUGCAAGCAAUUGUGUGGUGCUGCCGCCAGUUGUAGCCCACACAAGACAUGACCUUAGUUUUCACAAUGAAACUGUCAUAAAUCAUCAGUGAGGUUCCCAUUCCGAGUCCGCUACCUUCACCUCAGGGGAGACUUCUUCAAUUAUCACCUUUGGCUGUAUGCUUUCCAAGCUGCUUAGUGUUGGCUUUUGUGGCUUGAUGCAAUACAUUAUUUUUCAGAAUGUAUUUCCUUCAUUCACUGUAACUGAGGUUCAGGUUCACUAAAAAAGGAUAUUCUUAUGAUUCUUAUUUGUUAUGUAAGUGAAACGGGACUAGUGACUUUAACUUCACUAUCUCAAGAGUUCACUAUAACUAGAGUCGACUGUAUAUUCUCUUAAAUGGUGCUUGUGUACCUUUUUUGGAAUUAGUGUGCUUCCAUUUUUCUCAUUGCUACAGCAAAUUUUCUUAACAUGUGUCAAUUUGGCGUUAAUAUGCAUUAUUUGGGUUUCAUAAACUGCUCAUAUAUUAGAUAUUUUUGUGCAUCACUGUUGUUAGAAUGCCAUCAUGAGAGCGUAUUUUCAUAAUAAUGAUAAUAUGAAAUUUACAACUUGCUGUCUCAAAACACUUUCAUAUAUUCUAUACAGAUAAAACUUGUCAUUCUGUCUUAUAUUCUUACUUCUACAUAUUUAUUUUUUUCUUAUUUAUGGGGAAAGUAAUGUUGUCAUUGAAAUAUAGGGAAUUAAUUAGCUUUUACUUGUGGUAUUUAAUUAUGUUAUCAAAUUUAAUAAUUUAAUUACAUAUUAUUUUAUAAAGGAAUUCAUUUGUAAAUGACAAUGCCCCCAAAUUUUCAAGUUUAUAAUUCUUUUCUGUAAUAUAAUUUAUUUGUCAUAUUUACUUUUGUAGUGCCUUUAUCUAUCUUUUUUGUUAUAUUCAGUGGUGAUUUUAAGAUUGUUAGAAUCUGUAGAGAUAUUUGAUCAAUUUUGUUAGCACUUGUUGCAUCCACUUCCCUACUUUGAAUAUUCACACGCUUAUCUUGAAUAUUCAUUCUUUGUGCUAUUUUAACCCUUAACUGACAUGGCAUGUUUCCGAUCUCUGAGGAGCACAUAUUUCAUAUUGUUCUUUUCUCAUUUUUCAUACCUUGUGCCUCUAGCUAUCAGAUGCUGUCUUUUUCCUAAUGGGCAUCCAAUGUCAAUUGUUAGUGAAAUCCUAGAUUGAUUGAUGUUUUACUUUUUUAUUUGACUCUCAAAAGAUUUUUGUUCUAAGAGAGAUACUAUGAUAAUGCUAAGUGGAAUGCCAUGAGCAUAAAAAAAUGGUCUCGUUGAGUUAUACUUAUUUCUUUCCUCGUCAACGAGAUUGUAAAGGUAUGUUGGCUAUGUUCGGCCCUUCCAUAUGAAGAGAAAGAUGAAAGUCACCUCCAAUCAACAUCAGGCAAAUGCUGGAGCAGUACCCUAACAAACAGGCCACGGAAUGUGUGCAAUCUUUCCUUCCCCGUUCAUGUCCCCCUUACUUACAUACCCUUACACUCUCAUGCUCUACACUAUCACAACUGGUUGGAGAAAAUCCCUGCAAGUAGCCAACGUAGGAUGGUGUCAGAUUUCACCAACCAGCAGGGGAAAAUCACCAACACCACCUACGAUAAAAACAUGCACUUCAAUUAUGGGACUAAAGAGCUUGGUAGUUGUUGUGUCCGGAAUCCUCGGUCAAUAAAUUAAAGUCGCAUGCUGCAUGUCAGUGGUUUAAAGCAGAAAUGUUUGAAAUAGCACUAAGAUUUCGCAAAAGCCGUAUACCAAGAUAAGUAUGUGAUGUAAGGUGACAUUUUAUUUUCAACCCUCAUCUUGUUACUUACGCAACGUCCUUUUUUAAUGAAUCUUUUUAUGAAAUUACUAUUUGAAUUUAAAUUGUUUUUGACAAGUCAACUUUUAGUGAGUUUGUAACUC